UAAAGUGUCUGCCUCCAAUGCGGGAGACCCGGGUUUGAUCCCUGGGUCAGAAAGAUCCCCUGGAGAAGGAAACGGUAACCCACUCCAGUAUUCCUGCCUGGAGAAUCCCAUGGACGGAAACCGCGGCUCACACCGAAACAGAAGUCUCUGCGGCGACCUUGGAGGAGGAAGUUGGCUUCCGCCGCACCCACACCCGCCCACACCUCUCCCCAGCCAUCCCGCCUGUGUGUCUCUUCCUUGGCUCUUUCCCCCCACACUCGAUAUUUUCAAGCACCGAGAAGCAGACACGAGCACCUUCUCUCUAGUUCUGUUUUUGGUUUUGUUUUUUUUUUCCUCACCUAAUCUUUCCCAUACUGGGUGCUCGCUGUACUAGUUUCUGGGACCUUAUUCUCUUCUGAGUCCCCAGCCCCAAGCAGAAGACGUGGCACUCGAAAGAGUUGCUCGAAAGAGUUGCUGAGAAAUUUUGUUUCUUCCAGGUAUGGAUCAGUUGAAGCAGAUCAUCUCCUUAGGCCAGCUUAUCUACAACCAGUGUGGGGAGAUGAAAUACUGCCGGAAACAGUGCCGACGUCUAGGGGACCGAGUCCAGGGCCUGCUGCAGCCUCUGCAAAUGCUCCAGGACCAAGGAGAGAGGAAUCUGCCCUCCCAGAUCACCACUGCGCUGAGCCGUUUCCAGGCUGCCCUAGAGGAAGCUAAGGAGCGGAUAGACAAGUUCAGCAAUAAGUCCAACAUGCAGAAGUUUCUAACAGCAGGGCAUGACAGCAUAGUCUUUGGUGGGGUGAACCAGAGGCUGAGCGAUGUCUGGGAGGAGCUCUCUCUGCUGCUCCAGGUGGAUCAGUGGAGGCACACUUCAGGCCUCAGCCCAGGAGCGUCCUGGCAACAAGAAGAUCAACAGGAUGCAGAGGAGGACAGGAAAGCUCUCCAAGGACUGAGUGAGAAAGAAACUGUAAAAACUUUAUUGAGGCAACUGGACAACAUGAAGGAAACCAUCGAAGCCGUGAGGAGCUGGAUAAGGUCAGAUUCACAGAAACCCAAGAAGGGGUUCCCACAAGAUCAAAUCAAGGAGAUUAAGAAGGAGGAGCUUCCAGAAGCCGAUUGGAUCCUACUAAAGGAAAAUGAAUCCAGCGCACUUUAUGAAGGAAAAUACCACGAAUCUCCAGUGGCCAUAAAAGUAUUCAAGAACUCCCAGGCCCAAGGCAUUGGAAUAGUGAGGCAUACUUUCAAUAAUGAAAUCAGAACCAUGAAGAAGUUUGAUUCCCCCAACAUCCUGCGCAUGUUUGGGAUUUGCAUUGAUGAAGCAGCGAUCGGCUCUUCUCCGUCAGUGACGCCCCCUCAGUUAUCCAUCGUCAUGGAGUUCUGUGACCUCGGGACCCUGAGGGAGCUGCUGGACCGGGAAGAGGACCUCAGCCUGGCCGAGCGCGUCAUCCUGACCCUGGGGGCAGCCAGAGGCUUGUACAGGCUGCACCAUUCGGAAACACCCUCAGAACUCCACAGGAACAUCAGCAGCACGAGCUUCCUGGUGACUAAAGACUACAGCGUGAAGCUUGCAGGAUUUGAGUUGAGCAAAACACAGACUUCCAUCAGCCGACAAACUGGGGGAAAAGAAGCAGAGAGAGUCAAUUCUGCCGCGUACAUCUCUCCCCAGAGGUUGGAAAAUGUGUACAGUAAAUACGACAUAAAAGCUGAAAUAUACAGCUUUGGAAUUGUUCUCUGGGAGAUCGCCACUGGGAAGAGCCCAUUUGAAGGUUGUGAUUCCAAGAAGAUCUACCAGCUGGUGGCUGAGUCCCGGCACCGGGAGCCAGUGGGUGAAGAUUGCCCUUCACAGUUGCAGGAGAUCAUUGAUGAUUGCCGUGCCUAUGAACCCUCCAGGAGGCCCUCUGUUAAAGAAAUCUUAAAGAGACUGUCUCCCUUUUGUUAAACCAAGUAUUGAAACUGAAACUGUGUCCCUGAACAAGGAGCUGGAAGAACAGGAGUUGGGCAUUUUUUUCUCUCAAACCCUUCAGCAUGGAUUUAUUUAUGGAUACAGGGAGGCAGCACUUCUCUGUAACAAAUAGAAAACAACUCCAGUAAUUCAUCCCACUCCCAGUGAUACUGUCAAAACUACACCUUUGAUAAUAACUCUGAUAGUUUUACAAAAAUGUGUCUCUCUCUCUGGAUCCAAACCUCUUGGCAUUGUGACUUAGCAGCCCCUUCCAUCAAGAAGUCAAAUCUAGGGCUUCCCUGGUGGCUCAGUGGUAAAGAAUCCACCUGCCAAUGCAGGAGACAUGGGUUUGAUCCCUAGCCUGGGAAGAUCCCACAUGCCGCAGAGCAUCUAAGCCUGUGCACCACAACUAUUGAGCCUGUUCUCUAGAGCCUGGGAGCGACAACUACUGAGCCCAACUGCUAAAGCCCACGCACCCUAGAGGCCGUGCUUUGCAACAAGAGAAGCCACUGCAAGGAGAAACCCUCUCACUGCAACGAAGAGAAGCCCCCAAUCGUUGCAACUAGGGAAAAGGCCUGCACAGCAGUGAGGACUCAUCACAACUAAAAAUAAAAAAAUAAACAACAUUUUUUAAAAAAAAAGAAGUAGAAUCUACAUCCCCACCACUUGAACCUAGGUUGGUGUUGUAACUGGCUUUGGCCAAUAGAAUGUCGAAGAGAUGGUGUUUUAGUUCCAAGGCCAGGCUUCACGAGGCCUUACAAACUUCCACCCCAUCUCUUGGAGCCCUCCACCACCGGGAGCAAGCUGGGCAAGCAUGCUAGAGAAGGAGAGACCACACGGAGCCAAGACAGCCUGGCCCAGCCGAGGUCAUACUAGACCAGCCAGGCCAGCAGCUGUCACAGGGGUGAAUCCAGUUGAGACCAGAAGAACCACACAGCAGAAGCAGCCCAGACAGCCCAUUUACAAAAACAUGAGCUAAAUAAAUGACUCUGGUCUUAAGCCACUAAGUUCCGGGGUGAACUGUGACACAGCAGUAAACAUCUGGGCAAAUACCGAGCCUUCCUCUUUCCCACUGAACUAAGUACAGAAUCCCCCUUUGGAUCCCCAAGGUCUUUUAUCUCUGACGCCAACCUGAUCUCCAGUAUCCGGUCCCAGAGUGCUCCCACCAGAGACUGCAAACUCUAAUACCUAUGAGGUCUAGUGGGAGCCUAAAAAGUGAGUUGAGCCUGAAGGAGAGACUUCAGGGAACAGCUGAGCUUUGUGAAGAAAGGGCAGCCUCUGCUCAGCUCCAGGCUAUUUUUAUCAGAUAGGAACGGACUCCAGUGUUUCCAGAGACAUCCACUUUGUCACAUUUUUGGUAAAUUGUCCAUCUUUUUAAAGAUUGGCACUUCAUUAAAAAUUAUUUUUAUGUUGUACAGGCCAAACAAAAUAUUAUUAGCCUAAGAGUUCUCAGAAACCCGUGUCUCCUGGAUGUGACCUGUUUGUUCUGAAUUUUUUUACACCUUUGCUCUUGGUAAGGUGACCUCUACUUGUCCCUGCUUUUCUUUCCGCCUGAACUCCUCCCAAAUCAUUCAACAGCGAAUGUGCUGGGUAUUGUUCCAAUCACUGAGGAGACAAUAGACGGGGGCAGGGAGAGGGGUCAAUUGGGAGCUUGGGAUGAACAUACACUUCUAUAUAGAAGACAGAUAACCAACAAGGACCUACUCAAUAGCACAGGGAACUCUAUUCAAUAUUCUGUGGUAGCCUUUAUGAGAAAAGAAUCUCAAAAAGGAGGAAUAUAUUUAUAUGUGUAAGUGAAUCACUCUGCUGUACGCCUGAAACUAACACAACUAUAAUUCCAUAAAAUUAAAAGGCAAAAUAAAUUGGAGCUUAUAAUCUGGUAAUCAUCUGUGGGGAAUAAAAUUGUGGUUCAUUUCUA